UAAUCCCAAUUAUUUCUAUCCUUUCAGCACCAACAGGAACAGUAAAGGGAAAAACUGAAACAGAAAUGGUGUUCAUUACUACAAGCAAAGAGAAUAUAACAACAAAUGGUGUAUUCACCAAAUCAGCCGCAGCGAUCUCUCAUACAGAGAGCAGACAGUCAUCCAGUUUUUUAAUAAUCAGCUCUACGAAGGAUAUUAGCCCUUCAAAAACCACAAAAUUAGAAACCACAAGAAAAGCAACAGUGGCUUCUACGCCACAGAAUAUAGCAUACUCCACACCUUUGCCAGAGACCACCAUGUUUGAAUCCAUCACAUCAGAAACAGCUACGGCUGCUCCAGAGAGCACUACAACUUCAGGAAAGAGUAGCUUGGUGACUUCUCCCACUAUGGUAACCACAAGUACGAUUCCAGAGAGCAAAGCAGUCUCUGUAACAUUCCCAGCAACCACCUUGACUGCAUCCACCACAUCACAAACUGCCACAUCUGCCCCUGAGACCACAACGCCUUCCAGCCCUUUCCCUGAGAGUUCCACAAUUAGUAGUAGUACAACAAAAACCACUACUCAACUUCCAACGACCAUGGAAUACUUAACUACUUCUCCACCAACCACCUCGUUGAAAUCAACAACAAAAGAAACAGCCACUUCUUCCCCAGCGAGCACAAUGACCUCCAGCGCUAUAAAGACUACUAGCUCUUCAGAAACAAGUACUCAACAUUCUAUCACCACAAAAUACCUGGCUACUUCUCCAGAGGCCACCACACCUGAAUCCAUCACAUCAGAAGCAACCAGCUCUCCAAUGAGUACAGUUCCUUCUAUGGCAUCAGCAAAGAGCACAGUAACUUCUUCUAUUUCCAAAACCAUAACACCAACUCCAGAGAGCGCAGUGUCCUCUACAUCUUUUUCACAGACUAGCAUGACACCAUCCAGUUCGCGACUUCUCUGA